AUGGGUAGAAAUUUCGAAGGUAGAAGAGUUGAUUUUGUGAUUGGAUUGUAUUUAGGGGCUAGGGCUACCGUUUUGUCGAGAAGGAGUUCAUUUUCUCACUGUAGGACUCCCCUGAGUAGAGGUUCUUCUCUCUGCCUUCGUGCAGGUUUUUCCACGGCUCUUGCUCAUAAUUCCUCCAUGGAAUCUAAUAUUGCACAGAUGUGUGCACAAAUGUCCCUCACGGAACAGGAGGAAGCAGUGUUAGUAGUCGAAGAAGAAGAGAUAUUGACCCCUCACAGGAGUGAUAAAUGCCUAUUGUUCAAGCUCUUGUCCGACAAGCAUUUUAAUAAGGAGGCAUUCAAAAGUACCAUGACACAGUUAUGGCGCCCAAGCAAAGCUCUCAGCAUUCAAGAUAUAUCCCCUAAUCUAUUCCUGGCAGAGUUUGAUGAUAUUGGCGACAAGAAGCGUGUACAACGUGAAGGGCCAUGGAUCUUCGACAAACAUCUGGUUGUAACCAAGGAUGUGGAAGGUCUUGAGCAGCUCCACAACAUCUCCUUCACAGCAGCAAACUUCUGGAUACCAGCUCUCAGAACCUGGACAGCAUUAUGA